AGUAUUGCCGAUGAUGCAAGAACUGAACAAUUUAAUAUAAAUACUACUCUUAAAAGUAAAAACAAAUAAAUAACUAUUUAAAAUAAAUUUGGGGAACCUGUGUAUAUAUCUCCUUAGAUUGGAAAUGAAGUCCCGUACAACAUCUACAAUACUUACUUCAGCAAUACAAAUUAAACAACGGACAAAAUCAUGAAAUCUUCUCACAAAACCUGUACCACCAAUAUGAUCCAGAACAUUAUGGUCAAAAAUGGUCCAACCUGCCUUACCAAUCACAAUACCAGACUCCAAUCGCCCACCAUCAACAGUACCAGUCUUCAUUGGCCCAUCAACAACAGUAUAUGUCUCCAAUGGCCCACCAACAACAGUAUCAGUCUGCAAUGGCCCACCAACAACAGUACCAACAAGAAAACCACCAUCCAGAAUAUUACCAACAACAAGGAGAAUACAUCCCUGAAUAUUACCAACAAGUAGGACAACAUCCAGAAUAUUAUCAACAAGGACAUUAUGUUCCACAAUAUUACCAACAACAAAAUUAUCAUCAAGGAGUCUAUCACAGUCAAUCUUUGAUUCCAACACAAUACGCCCAUUACCAAGGACAAUAUGUUCCACAGUCGAUCGUUGCUCAACAGCAUGGUUAUUAUGGAAAUGUACCAAUGGUGCAUUAGGCUUUAAUAUUGAUGGCAUCAU